ACCUGCAGCGGACAUAUGGUGAUUGAUGCUUUUGCGCAUAGGCAGACGUAUUACACGAUGACAUAGGAAGCGUCCUUGUCUGAUGAGUCAUGUGCUUGGGACUUCAUCUAAUUUUUAGAAGUAAACUGACACAAGACUAACAAGUCCAGUUUCUUUUUGACUAAGAGAGCGUAGUUAUUAACUUAUUAUUAUACUCCGCGAUGGCUCGUCAGCGGUUGAUCGGUCACUUGGCCAGCCACUUAAUAAUAGGAAGUCAGAAGCUCAGGAAUUGCUCGGACGCCACCCACUCUCAAAUCUCAAUGGAGCUACCACCAUGGGCGCCCUUCCUCGCCGUCGUGCUCGCCACCAUUCUCUUCUUGAAGGCCGUCUUCCGCCGCAAAGGCACGUGCAACCUCCCGCCUGGCCCCAAACCAUGGCCGAUCAUCGGCAACCUCAACCUCAUCGGCACGCUCCCGCACCGCUCCAUCCACGCGCUCUCCAGGCAGUACGGCCCGCUCAUGCAGCUCCGUUUCGGGUCCUUCCCCGUCGUCGUCGGCGCCUCAGCCGAGAUGGCCAAGCUCUUCCUCAAGACCCACGACGUGGUGUUCACCGACCGGCCCAGGACCGCCGCCGGCAAGUACACCGGCUACGAUAACAGCACCAUCACAUGGUCCCCGUACAACGCGCACUGGCGCCAGGCGCGCAGGGUGUGCCUCGCCGAGCUCUUCAGCGCCAAGCGGCUCGAGUCGUAUGCUUACAUCCGCCGCGAGGAGAUGUGCGCCCUCCUGUGCGGCCUGCACGAGACCUCCGGGCGCGUCGUGCUGCUCAAGGACCACUUGUCGACCUUGAGCCUGAACGUGAUCUCGCGCAUGGUGCUGGGCAGGAAGUACCUGGAGAAGCAGGCGGUGGGCGAGGAUGGCCCGGCGAUCAUGGCGCCGGAGGAGUUCAAGUGCAUGAUAGACGAGCUGUUCUUCCUCAACGGCGUGCUCAACAUCGGCGACUCCAUCCCAUGGCUCGACUGGAUGGACCUUCAGGGGUACGUCAGGAGGAUGAAGAAGCUGAGCAAGAAGUUCGAUCAGUUCCUGGAACAUGUCUUGGACGACCACAACGAGCGCCGACGCCUCCAGGGUGAGAGCUUCGUGUCACGGGACAUGGUUGACGUGCUGCUGGAGAUAGCCAGCGACCCAAAUCUUGAGGUCAAGCUCCACCGGAAUGGCGUCAAAGCGUUCAUUCAGGACCUCAUCGCUGGCGGCACGGAAACCACGGCGAUCACGGUGGAGUGGGCCAUGUCGCAGAUGCUCAAAAAACCCGAGGUGUUCUCCAAGGCCACAGAGGAGCUGGACCGCGUGGUGGGGCGAGAACGAUGGGUGACGGAGGACGACAUCCCCAACCUUCCCUAUGUGGAGGCCAUCGUCAAAGAAACCAUGCGGAUGCACCCGGUGGCACCCAUGCUGGCACCCCGUCUGGCCCGUGAGGACGCUUCCGUCGGUGGCUACAACAUCCCCGUUGGUACGCGCGUGCUCAUCAACGUGUGGUCCAUCGGCCGCGACCCGGCAGUGUGGGAUUCACCGGAGGAGUUCAUACCAGAACGGUUCGUCGGCAGCAAGAUCGACAUCAAGGGGCAUGACUUCGAGCUGCUGCCAUUUGGGUCCGGACGGCGGAUGUGCCCCGGAUAUAGUCUGGGACUGAAGGUGAUCCAUGUGAGCCUCGCCAACCUGCUGCACGGCUUUGUGUGCAAGCUCCCCGAUGGCGUGGCGACGGAUCAGCUGAGCAUGGAGGAGAUCUUCGGCCUGUCGACCCCGCGCAAGUUCCCGCUACAGGUCGUUAUGAAACCCAAGCUCCAGGGCCACCUCUACGCAAGGGGUCAUUAGUGUAUUGCUGUCCACUUGUUGUGCUUCCCAAGUCUCUUAUUGUGUUCUUGUGUUGCGUACAGUCAUGUGGGAAAAUAAAAAUGGGAAGAUUCGAUGGAUGCUUGUCCAUAAGAUGCUUGCUA